UUUAAAUUUUAAAUUGUUUCAUUCUUAUUGUUUUGACUAAAUUGCAAGUAUCUUACCCUAGGAGAAGGAAUCCGCCGACGACUACAACGUAGCAUGUAUUUUGGUGCUUCCUCCUUACCAAAGAAAAGGAUACGGAAAGCUUCUGAUUGAAUUCAGUUAUGAAUUGUCCAAGUUCGAAGGCAAAACCGGCUCACCAGAAAAACCCCUUUCCGAUCUCGGAUUGUUGUCGUACAGAAGUUACUGGGCAGAAACGAUACUCGAUAUUCUGGUGAAUCUAAAAUCCCGUGAUGGCGAAAGACUACAGAUCAGUGUUUCGGAAAUUUCUGACAGUACCAGCAUCAAAAAGGAAGACGUCAUCUCCACGCUGCAGCAUAUAAACGUUAUUCAGUAUUACAAAGGACAGUACAUCGUUGUACUGAACAGGGAGACUAUGGAAGCCUUGGAGUAA